CCGCGCCUGCUGGGCGCAUGCGCCCGCAGUGUCAUCACUUCCUGUUGAUUUUUUGUUCACUUCCGGCAGUGGCUCCCUUGGCUGAUCGGUAUUCAUUAUAUGGCAGGCCCAAUAACAUUCUAACAUUCUGCAAAUGGACUCAGAAACUAAAGAAGGAGAGGAAGAGAGCCUGCAAACAGCUUUCAAAAAGCUGAGAGUGGAUCCAACUGGAACUUCUACAUCUGUGAGUGACAGCAUGGGAUUGAGAGCUCCAGUCAGAGCUGCUGUUGAUGGAGGCAGGCAUCAAACCGUCUGUUCAAGAGAGAACUGGCAUGGGUGUGCAAGGAAACCCUUGAGAGGGGCGACGAGGCCGCAGCGCCGCAGGCGUUCUAAAUCUCCUGUCCUGCAUCCUCCCAAGUUUACAUAUUGCAGCAUGAAGGCAUCUUCUGCAAGUAACCAACUGAAGCACAAAAGCCAGAUGGAUUCUUCAAAGCACAAAAUCAUUCCAGACCCCGGUGUUACAGAAGAGCCAUACUUGGGAGGAAAGAGAUGUCCCCUUUUCGAUAGCAGCAACUGCAGGAGGGCCAGAGCAGAACAGCGGAGCACUUUCUCAAGGGAGCAGCCCUCAGAGAAUUUGCGAAAAAGUUGUCCUGCUUUUUCUUUGACCUUUGAAACCAGCCUGGAUCCUAGCCAACCCUCAGAUUUCCAGUCACUCUCCAAGCUGAGUUACGAGAAGCAAUGCCCUUGCGUGGACAAAGAAUGUCAGUGCAAACCAUGGCAAGCAAUAGAAGCAUACUCCUUUUCUGGUUUGCGGAGUGUCCUUUCGGAAUGUGAAAAGGCAGUCCUGGAAGCACAUUCGCAAUCUUUGCCAAACCGAUCACAUUCUGGGAUCGGUUCAUCAAGCUCUGCCCGGUCUUGUUCUGAGCAAGCUCGAGUCUUUGUGGAUGAUGUGACUAUUGAAGAUCUUUCAGGGUACAUGGAGUAUUACUUAUAUAUUCCCAAGAAAAUGUCCCACAUGGCAGAGAUGAUGUACACUUGACAUAAGAAUCAUGAGUUGGAAAUUCAGUGGUGGGUAGUGAGAUGCUCCCUCAGUGCCAUAGCUGGAAAUGUGUCCGUUGUCAUUGCUGCGUGUUUGAUCAAAUGUUUAUUUGCGCCAUACAGUGUAGUUUUUUAAAUAAAGUGAAAAAGAGAUAAUA